AUGUCCGCCCCUCAGGUCCAGAACCCCCCAGUGGAAGACGAAGAGGUCCCAACCCUCGAGGCCGCCGAAGUGCCGCAGGUCGCCAAGCAGUCAAAGCGCUAUGCGAAGGCCAUGGCGAAGAUGGGACUGAAGCCUGAGCCCAACGUGUUCAAGGUGCAAAUUUCCAAGCACGGGUCUAUGUCCUUUGUGGUAAACCAGCCAGAGCUCUACCGCUUCCCUGGCACAAACACCUUCCUUGUCUUUGGUGAGGCACAGCUCGGCGAAUCCACAAAAGAGGCUCAGGAGGCCGCCGCCCGCGCCGUCUCUGGUGUUGUCUCAGACGCGAACGUUGAGGAGCUGGUCGGUGCCACAAACACCCCCGCUUCUGCACCUGAAAAGACUGCCGACUCUGGUGAAGCUAAGGCUGAUCAAGACGAGGACAUCGGCAACCUGGACGAGAAGGAGAUCAAUGUUGUGAUGACCCAGGCUAACACAGACCGCGCCGGUGCCAUUCGCGCUCUCAAGAACAACAACGGCGACAUCGUCAACGCCAUUCUGGAGCUUACCAUGUGA